GUAAACCAAGUGGCCGCAGCAUGGACCAGUCUUAAACUAGAUUUAAUUAAAUUUAGUGACAAAAAGAAAAUCUCGCACAGCCGCCAUGUUUACCAACCUUUCUAUUUUCCCGUUUCUGGCACUGUAACCACACAAAAUUACCGCAUCCCACCGCAUCCGCUCAACUGUCAAUUCAAGUGUCACAUGCUGCAAAAAGUUAGGUUAGGCAAUAUCAUUAUUUACAGCAUGUGUUAUUAAACCCGUCUUCAAAAACCGCCACAAAAUGAAAGUAAAAGUGAUUAGCAGAAACCCCGAUGACUACCUACGCGAGACCAAACACGACAUCCAUAAAGUUCCCCGCAACUACGACCCAGGUUUGCACCCAUUUGAAGCAGCCCGUGAGUACACAAGAGCCCUAAACGCAGUCAAACUAGAAAAAGUCUUCGCUAAACCGUUCGUCGGAAAUCUGGAUGGCCACAGGGACGGAGUUUCGUGCAUCUCCAACCACCCCAAACGAUUAUCAGUUUUAAUCAGCGGAGCUUACGACGGCGAGGUUCGGGUUUGGGACUUGCCCCAGAAGCUGUGUCUUCGUAGUUUUGUGGCUCACGAAGGUGUGGUUCGUGGGGUUAUUUAUAAUCCUGCAGGAAACCAUUUUUUAACACUGGGGGAUGAUAAGACUAUCAAGACGUGGAAAACUGCAGCUCCACAGUUUGGAGAGGAGGAGGAGCCGGUGAAUACAGUCAUAAGUAAAACUGUUCUGACGGGUAUUAGCCACCAUGUUAAGGAUCCUGUGUUUGCCACUUGUGGUGAAAUUUGUCAAGUGUGGGAAGAGACGAGGAAUGAGCCUGUAAGGACGUUUGAAUGGGGGGUUGACAGUUUGCAUGAUAUUGCGUUCAAUCCUGUCGAGCCGAAUUUGUUAGCGUCGUGCGCUAGCGAUAGAAGUAUAAUUUUGUAUGACACUAGGGAUAGUGGGCCGCUGAGAAAAGUCGUCCUAAAAUUGAGAACUAAUAAAAUCUGUUGGAACCCUAUGGAGGCUUUUAUCUUCACAGCAGCCAAUGAAGAUUACAACUUGUACACAUUUGACACCAGAAAUCUCAAAAAACCAGCUAAUGUUCACAUGGACCACAUAGGCGCUGUGACUUACGUUGAUUAUGCGCCAACUGGUCGAGAAUUUGUUAGUGGAAGCUAUGACAAAACUAUCAGGAUUUUUGAAACAAGUAAAGGCCACUCGAGAGAAGUUUACCACACUAAAAGAAUGCAGCGCAUUACUUGUGUCCAGUGGUCUCUCGAUAAUAAAUACAUUUUGAAUGGUUCUGAUGAAAUGAAUAUUAGAAUUUGGAAGGCUCGCGCUUCUGAGAAGCUGGGACCGUUAAAACCACGUGAAAAAGCCGCUCUGAACUAUAGUGAAGCUCUGAAAGAAAAAUAUGCUGCACAUCCAAAAAUACGGCGGAUUGCUAGGCACAGGCACGUGCCUAAACAUGUAUAUAACGCGCAAAAAGAAUUGCGCACUAUUAGGGAUAAAGGGAAGAGGAAGGACGCUAAUCGUAGGGCGCACUCUAAACCUGGUGAAGUUCCACAUCAGCCAGAAAGGGAGAAACAUGUGCUCAAGGAAGAUCAAUAACGUCUGUAUUUACAUAUUGAAUAUUAAAGUACUUUUUUUACAACAAA